UGGCUUCCCUUGUUGUUCCCCAUGUCCUGCGUGCACCUGUGAUAAGUGUCCUUGUCCCAAGUUGGAGUGUCGUCCUUGUAGUUGUCCUGAGUGUCAUUGUGCUACUUGUGCCCCUCCUACCACCUGUCCUCCUGUCCCCCGUCUGACCUGUCCGACUAAUCCUCCUAUGACUACCUGUCCCAGUCUUCCCACGUGUCCUCCUCCCCAGCUGCCAACAUCAGGACCAGGUAAUGUCACACACUGGAGUGAAAACUCUUCUCUGACGCACAUGCCUGAUGACGCGGAAGGUCCGGUUCUACUUCUUUUGGCGCCUCAUCCGGAUGGAUUCAGAGUUGACCUUUUGGGGCUGCUCGGUGUGGGCAGCAGCAUCGCCAUCAGAGGACAAGUCAUACCGAUGGCCGAAGAGUUGAUGUUCGAGCUGGUCGCGGCCAACGACACUGCACUGCUCCUGGUCUUUCGCGUGAAAGACGAAAAGAUUCUUCUGACCGCCGACCUGAAUGGGACCAAAAAUAUCGACGAGAAAGAGAUGGACUCUUUCCUCUUUGGACCUGGACACAACUUUGAGGUGAUCAUCCGGUGCCACGUCGACCGCUUCCACCUGAGCGUCGACGGCGCCCAGCAGCUGGAGGUCGUGAACUGGGUUGGAGACCCGCAAAGCAUUACGGCACUAACGAUCGGGGAUACCCUGUUGCUGAAGGACGUGAGGCUGAAAUGAUGUGACCGCCGCGGCCAGAUCAGAAGCCCCACUUUCUUCAAUCGACAUAUUGUCUAUGGGGGGUUUCUUGACCGUUAAUCUGCACGAGUCCAUGUUUGGUUGCUGUGGAACAAAUGCACUUCAAAAAAACCUGAGCAUUGCA